GCAGUGAAAUUAAGGCAGCCCAUUUUGUUCCAGGACAAUAUGUAGAUUUACAAGCACCAUCAAUUGGUAAAGGGUUUGCAGGUGUUAUGAAACGAUGGGGUUUCAAAGGUCUGCCUGCAUCACAUGGGACUUCAAAAACUCAUCGAUCAGCUGGUUCUACAGGUCAAUUUAUUAGAAUUAGAGAUGCUAUUAAGAAACAUGGAGCAAAAUGUUUUCCACAAGAUUAUUUACCACCGCCAUUUCCUACUAUUGCACCAGAAAUAUUAAAAACUAUGCCCAGAGAGUUAAUAGCUAAAAGUGGUGGUGCUGAUCCUUUCUCAGUUAAAGAAUCUUGA